CAAAAGUCGGAUGAAUAAGCGAUUGAAUUGUACUGAAGGGUUAGGUUAGAAGAGAGCAAGCAGAGCAGAGCGAGAAAUGGGGUCUGGAGAGAAGAAGAAAGCAAGAACAAGAGCAUUUCCUCAACAACUCGGAGACGAAGACAGACUCAGCAGAUUGCCUGAUGAACUCAUUCACAAAAUCCUCUCAUUUGUAGAUGCAAAACAGGCUGUCGAAACCUGCACUCUCUCGAGACGAUGGCAGCUUCUAUGGACCACUCUCCCUUUUCUCCAAAUCGGUCCGUAUCAAAUCUCUGAAUCUAAAUAUGUUGCUAAUUUCAUCCGUCGUAUUUUUUCUGAUCGAAACCCUCAAUCCAAUAUUUCUGAUUUGAAGUUUCGUGUUUACAAUGCGACGUGUUCCUGGAAUUUUUUUGAAGAGUUUGCACACUAUGCAAUUUCCCAUAAUGCGCAAUCAUUAUAUCUUGAACUAUUACGUGAUCAUAUACCUUUUAAGUUGUCCACUUUCAGCUCUGUGUCGUUAAACAAACUUACAUUAAAAGUGAGUCUCGAAACAUGUGAACUGCAAUCGGAUUUUUGGGAUUUACCUGCCUUAACAACUCUCCGCCUCAAGUAUGUGCGUUCUUACGAAGAUAAACAGAGAAAUUCAUGGCUGAAGGAUUCAUUGUUCACAUGCUUGCCUGCCCUAACAACUCUGUGUCUUGAGGGUUGGGAUUUAUCGGGCUCAUCUUCUUUCAGUUUGCCAGCUUUAACAACACUCCGUCUGUGUCACUGUAUGUUGCCCAAAGUUUGGGACUUACCGGCUUUAUUAAGUCUACAACUGGAUAAUAUAUAUGUUUCUGCCAAAGUGAGUGACAUAAUUUCUGCACUUGUCAAUCUAAAAAAUCUUACAUUAUUUCUAACACUUAACCAGGGAAAUUGUUUCAUUUCUUGUCCUCCUCAAUUGUUGAACCUGAGUAUCAGAGCCCGCCUCAAGCAUUCUCCUUCUAUCAAUAUUGUGGUUUCAGCACCAAAACUCUGCAACUUCAAUUCUUUUGGUAUCUUUACGGUCAUAACUGGAGUUCCCGAGUUAGAGAAUGUUAAUAUAAGUUUACAGGGUUGGUUUCAAAACGUGAUAUUGACACAAAGGAAACAAUUUUAUUGGCAGUUAACAAAUAUGCUUCUAGGACUUUGUAAUGCGAAGCAUCUCACUUUUGACUUGGAGAGCAUUGAGGUGCUCAGUAAGAUUUCCAACAUUCUUGCUAGUUUACCUUCCCCAUUCAGUAAGUUGGAGUAUGUGAAGUUACCAAGGGGAUUCGAAGAGUCAAAUAUAUCUGGUGCUCUUAGAAGCUAUUUACUUGGCGGCUCUCCCAAUGCCACCUUCGUCACAAAACUGCCCCAGAAAAAAAUUGUGGAAGAUUCCAUGGUAGAUGCUAACAGGGUUUGUCAUACUGACGCUAUGUAGAAGGGACAGACAAAGAUCAAGUGAGCUCUUCAAGAGGGCAAAGAGAUUCUGGGUUAUGGCAGAGCCAUGAGGUUAGUAUUGAGUUUGUAGGCCUGCUUGAUCGCAUUAUGCAUAAGUACCCUGAAACCUUUAAGCACUUCAACACAAAAAACAAGAAGUUAUGUACAAUGAAUCUGAAUAUGUUGUGCACCUCACUGAACGACUUUUUCAAAAUAUCUAUGGCUGAUGUUGAUUCUGAGAUGAUAGGGGAGUACAGGGAAGUAUUUUCUUACUUACAGAAUCAGGGACUUGACGUAAGUUGGGUUUUGGACCGCCUGAAUUAUAUAGAACAUCUCCGGUUUUCAAAGCCCCUGUUUAGUGAGCUUCACUCAAUUGAUUGUCAUAUCGACAAUGCUAAAAGCAAAGUACAAGAGCUGCAGGCUCUUCGCUUGGAGAAGUUGUCAGAAAUCGAGAAAGCUUUUGGAACUAGGGGUACUAACCUCACUUCUGGUUUCAUUGGAGAUGAUCUACUGGCGAGUCUUUAACAUUGCUGGUUCGGUUGAACGUUCAAAAGUUGUUCGGAUGCCUUGGUGUACUGUCCAUUGUCUAUCCCAGAACUGUUUAGUACCUCAGAAGUAUUUUGCUUGCUUACAUUUUAUCGAACUGGUUAUCAUAUAUUGCACGAAUGCUUGUUUUGAUGUCAGCUAUAUUUUAAGUACAAUGCUGAACAAGUAAUUUCGGAAGCUAAUGCAUAAUGAUGCUAAUUUUGGUA